CCAGUGGGCUGGGUGGGUAGGAGUCCACGCCGGGGGAGCGUUCACUUCGUGGAGAGCGUCUCUGGACGAGGACGCUUCAAGCGAUCCACCUCAAACAUCGUUUCGAGUGUCGCCAUCCACACGACCCACGGUGAUACUCUUUUGUCUUCCAGGACAAACUUCUGGCUGCCGAAAGAGCCUCGAAUCCUGCCCUGCGUGGAGCUGUCACGCCGCGCUGUUUGAAUGAGGACGCGUGCGUCCCAGGCCACCAAAGCACCAACCCCGCUCUCGCGUGUUCAUGGACGGCCUGCAGGGGGCGGAAGCGAGUAGCAGCGAAGGUGACGGGCCAGCUUCCGUGGGAUCUGAUGUCGCCUUUAGAUCGGUUCAACUGAAGAUGGAAACACUGGAGUCCGAGCUGACCUGCCCAAUCUGCCUGGAGUUAUUUGAAGACCCUCUGCUCUUGCCGUGCGCCCACAGCCUGUGCUUCAACUGCGCCCACCGCAUCCUGGUGUCCCACUGCUCUUCCAGCAAGCCGCUCGAGUCCGUUUCGGCCUUCCAGUGCCCCACCUGUCGUUACGUCAUCACGCUGAAUCACCGCGGGCUGGAGGGCCUGAAGCGCAAUGUGACGCUGCAGAACAUUAUUGACCGCUUUCAGAAGGCCUCCCUCAGCGGCCCCAAUUCGCCCACCGAGAGCCGGCGCCUGCAGCGGCCCUACACCGCCACCAUUAGCGGCACCAUAGCCGGAACGAUUGGCGGCGGGGGCACGAGCGGAAGCAGCGCCCGGAGCAGCCCGGCCACUUCCAGCCACCCGCACGCCAACCACGCCAACCACGCCAACCACGCCAACGCCAACCACAGUCCGGCUUUUGUGGCCAAAAUGGAUCCGCGCAUCAGCUGCCAGUUCUGCGAGCAGGAUCCGCCUCGCGAGGCCAUCAAGACGUGCGUCACGUGCGAGGUGUCGUACUGCGACCGCUGCCUGCGAGCCACCCACCCCAACAAGAAGCCCUUCACCGGUCACCGCCUGGUGGAGCCCGUGCCCGACACGCACCUCCGCAGCCUGACCUGCGUGGAGCACGAGAACGAGAAGGUCAACAUGUACUGCCUGGUGGACGACCAGCUCAUAUGCGCCCUCUGCAAGCUGGUUGGCCGCCACCGCGAGCACCAGGUGUCCUCGCUCACCGAACGCUUCGACAAGCUCAAAGCUUAUCAGGUGAGCCCGGGCAGAGUGUCAGAUGCGGUAAUGGAGGCUUCAAAGACGAGCGCUGCGCAAACCCUGGAGAACAACCUGACCAACUUGGUGAAGAGGAACAGUGAAUUGGAGAACCAGAUGGCCAAACUCAUCCAGAUCUGCCAACAGGUGGAGGUCAACACCGCCAUGCACGAAGCCAAACUGGUGGAGGAGUGUGACGAGCUGGUGGAGAUCAUCCGCCAGAGGAAGCAGGUCAUCGCUGUGAAAAUCAAGGAGUCCAAGGUGAUGAAGCUCCGUAAGCUGGCCCAGCAGAUCGCAAACUGCCGCCAGUGUCUGGAGCGCUCCAGCGCCCUGAUCACUCAGGCCGAGCAGAGCCUGAAGGAGAACGACCACGCCCGCUUCCUUCAGACCGCCCGAAAUGUAGCGGAGAGGGUUGCCAUGGCAACGGCCUCUUCCCAGGUGCUCAUUCCCGACGUCAACCUGAAUGAAGCUUUCAACAACUUUGCCUUGGACUUCUCCAGAGAGAAGAAGAUUCUGGAAGGCCUCGACUACCUGACAGCACCCAGCCCCCCCGCCAUCCGAGACGAGCUGUGCACGGCCUCCCACGACACCAUCACCGUCCACUGGACGUCCGAGGACGAGUUCAGCGUCACGUCUUAUGAGCUGCAGUACACCAUCUACACCGGCCAGACCAAUUUCAUCAGCUUGUACAACUCGGCCGACAGCUGGAUGAUCGUUCCCAACAUCAAGCAGAACCACUACACGGUUCACGGCCUGCAGAGCGGCACGCGCUACGUCUUCUUCGUCAAGGCCAUCAACCAGGCGGGGAGCCGCAACAGCGAACCGGCACGACUGAAGACCAACAGUCAGCCCUUCAAGCUGGAUCCCAAAACGGCGCACAAGAAGCUGCGCCUGUCCAACGACUGCCUGACCAUGGAGAAGGACGAGAGCUCGCUGAAGAAGAGUCACACGCCGGAGCGCUUUGGCGGAACGGGCUCGUACGGGGCGGCCGCUAAUGUGUUCAUUGACAGCGGGUGUCACUACUGGGAGGUGCUGCUGGGAGCUUCCACGUGGUACGCCAUCGGCGUGGCUUACAAGUCGGCCCCCAAAAACGAAUGGAGCGGCAAGAACUCGUCGUCGUGGGUGUUCUCGCGCUGCAACAACAACUUCGUGGUGCGCCACGACGGCAAGGAGAUGCUGGUGGAGGCCAGCCUGCAGCUGAGGCGCCUGGGCGUCCUGCUGGACUACGACAACAACGCCGUGUCCUUCUACGACGCCAUGAACUCCCACCACAUCCACACCUUCGACAUCUCCUUCCUGCUGCCCGUGGUGCCCACCUUCAUGAUCUGGAACAAGUCGGUGAUGAUCCUCUCAGGGCUUCCCGUGCCCGACUUUGUGGAGGGCAUGGCUCUGGAUCACCAAGACCAGCAGCAGAUGGGUCUCUGCAGACAGGAGUCCCCUUACUUGACCGGCAUGAAGACCUGCCGCUGAGGGAGGCGUCCGCCCCGCAGAGUCCCGCCGGGACCGGUGAUGGACGGAUCCGUGCGAGUGCUGCGUGGACGGCUGUUAAAAAAAAUGUCCUCAUCCUCGGAUGAUCCAUCGGAGGUCGGAAAGGUCACCCGUCAGCAUUUGGACUUUGGGAGCCGGCUCGUGGGCUCGUGUUAGCAUCGUUAGCAUCGUGGCCGAAGGAGAGGGUUCCGUCUUCCUACUUGAUCCCUUCCUUCUGGGGUCCUGGCAGACUGGGAGCCUUCUGGAGGUCCCACAAACCAAAAAGAUCUUUUAUGCUCUUCAACUAUUCUUUGAACAGACCAAAGUCAUAGCCCACCUUCGGACGGCUCGCUAGUGGUCUCCAUCGGAGUGCUCAUGGGAUGCUCAUGGGAUGUUCAUGCCAGGCCCGCUGGACCGUAGACCAGGACCAGGGGGCCUCUGUACUCUCCCACCCCUGGGAUGUGGUCCUGGAGGGGCCGGACGGUGGAUGGCGCUGUCGCCCUGCCUUCGUUGACGGGGAGACAAUGGGAACAUCCACAUAUCAUCUGGCAGACACGUCCAGGAACCUCACGUCCAGGAACCUCACGUCCAGGAACCUCACGUCCAGGAACAUCACAUGACCACUCGGAUGGAGACCACCAGCAAGCAGUCCAAACCGUCAGCGAUGGCUGUGGUGUGUUCAAGGAAUCGUGUAAGAGUAGGAAUGUUGGACUAAUGGACGUCAUUGGACUUUAAUGUAGCAGAUCUUUUAUGUCACAGGUGUCAAACUCAUGGCCCGGGGGCCAGACCUGGCCCGCCACAUCAUUCCAUGCGGCCCCUCAAUAAUUCAUCACUUCUUUCCAUGCUAAACCAGGGGUGUCCAAAAUGCAGCCCGGGGGCCAUGUGCAGCCCAUGGCACAUUGUAAAAAUAUACACUGGCAAGGAAACCAAACUGGGGAAAUCUGCACUAAGUCACAUCCUGCUAAGUAGUUGGGGGUGAACAUCCAUCCAUAGAUAGAUAGAUAGAUAGAUAGACUUCUAUCUAUCCUACCGAGACUAAAGUGUCAAUAAUGCGAUGAGGUUGGGAUAGAAAUCUGUAUAUAUGUAUGUAAUAUAUAUAUAUGUAUAUAUAUAUAUAUGAAGUAUGAAGUGACACGACUCAGGGUCAGUUAGGGGUCCAUCAUUUUGUUGAUCCAAGCCGUGGCACCUGGCCCCCCUCGGUGGCACGGAGUUUGACACCCGCUGAUCCCGGUCUGCAGUCCCGGGGACGUGUGGCACCUCGGCUCCCCGCUGGAGAGGACCCCGGCCCACGGUCCAAAUGUGCGGCCCACGGUCCAAAUGUGCACUUGGUGACUCCUUGACUUGUAUCAUAAGAGUUUUAUGGGAGAAGACAGACGUGUUAUUUAUGACAGAAGUUUAUUUUGAAUGCUGCCAUAUCCGCCGUGCACUAUUCCCACAGCUCUGUGGCUUCUUAACGUGACAGCAAUCAAUCAAUCAAUCCGGGACGGACGUGCCGCCGCUCCUAAGAUCUUAUCUCGCGAAGGACUUUGGUGUUUUUGUGUUUUUUUCCAAAAAGAGAAGGAAGACUUUCUUCCAGACGAUUCCGGGAUGAGGGUGGAUUUUACACUUUAACUGUAACGUCAUGGCAUGAUGGUGUUUCCAUGUUAGGUGUCCACACACGUGCACGCACGCACGCACGUGUCCCCUUUCCUUUGGCUCGGCCUCACGCUGAUGAAUGCAUGACAACAGUAGCGUCAGGGUCGCGGUCACGUGCACUCCCUCCAUUCAUCUCUGGCCGCCGCCCACGAGCAAACGGCCGGCUCGUCUUCAUGUCUCCAACAAAAGGCUGCUAAAAAGACUUUUCUUUGGAGUGCAAAUCCCACGUGAGGCUGGCAAGCUGCCAUCCGGCCCUGCAGGUGGCGCUAACAUUUCCAUCUGCCGUUCUUAUUGGCCCGAUGCAAGCAGACCAUAACACAAAGUUGUUUUACCUUUAUAUGCCCCCCCCCCUUCUCUAGCUCAUUAAUGGUCCUCUAAAACGAACAACCUCCGUGAACAUGGCUGACGUUUUCAAUAUUUUCCACUUUAUCCUUUUGCUAAAUGGACGUUUCAUGAUGAAUCUGCUGUGAAAAGGAUUGCAAUUACUUGUACAAAAUCCUCAAUUCUUGUUUAGAAGGCUUGCAAAGGCCCCUCGUUUCACCGAAAUCCCUCCUCAGCUCCCGUGUCAAAGGUCGCCGGCGGCCAUGGUCCUCCUGCCGUCAUGUGACAUGGCAGCCCUGCCAGAAAGUCCUGGCUGACAUCGGCAAGGGAGCGCUGGUACGUCACCUGACGUAGGAGGUGGGACCAAGCGGUCUGGUCGACCGUCCCGGCGGGAUGCGAGCUGUGGAGCUCAAGGGUCUUGUUAGCGUUAGCUUUGUUAGCGUUGACGUGAGGGCGGCUGAUGCGGUGGUGAGUGCUUUCUUUGUCCGGGGCCGUCCGGGGCCAUCCGGGGCCGUUUGCAGUGUUUUUCUUUCUUUGUGUCACAAUCAAUACAGAAAAUACCCAGUGAAUGAUUUUCAGUACCCCCCCCCCCCCUGCAGUGCAGUGUACAACCCUAGAGACAGUGUGAUAGAUUCCACUCCUUCAUGUUCUUUGCCAGUCCAGCACUCUCCUCGUCUCCUGCUGGUCCUUCCAUGAGCAGCAGGAGAGGAGCAUGGAGUCAUGUACUCGGUGGAUGGAGUACUCAGUGGAUGGAGUACAGUAUAUAUGAUAUACUCUUGUACAUUGUAUACAGACCUACGCUGUGUUAUUUAUGUCCGUUUACGUCCCAUUAAACGCCCCAUCACAGUAAGGGUUGUGCUUUUCUUCUCAUCUUCCUGGUGUAGGAACCUACUGGUGGGGGGGCUGGACUACACAAUGUCCAAAUAUGUUCAUAUUGCAGCUUUUCAAUACUAUUUAAAAAAAUAUAUAAACAUAUUUAAUUAUUUGAAAAACUACAUUGGUUAAUAGUCAACCCAGGAAAUACUUUCUAAUACUGCAUAUUAUGCGAUAUUAUCUUCUUUCAUCCUUUUUCCCAGCUGGCUGAGCCCAAGGGACUUUAGUCUGGCUGCCAUCACAGUCAUGUUUAUAUUUAUGUUAAUAUUUCUUCUUGGUUUACUUCCAACCACUCCAAAACACACGGAACAAAAGGUGUCACCCUUGUAAUGCUUCACUUGCUCGCUAGAGGUCGCCCUGUCGCUUUUCAUUCACUUAGUCUUGUUUGCUAUCGAUUAUGUCAACAUCUUUGGAAAUGUUCUUUUUCUCAUAGUCUUUCCUCAAAUCUAAGUGUUUUAAUCAGCCUUACAGCCCCCCCCCCCCCCCCCACCAAUAUUACUAUGUGGAAAUGACGUAGCAUCAUUUGGACGAGCUGCCCAUAAAGUACCCUUCCAUAUAAAGUAUGCCAGUUUGUGAUUGCCGCUCAUCACUCCCGCUUAUGAGCUGAGGAUCAUCAAAAAUGGAUAGAAUUCUCUCUAAUGUGACCCACCAAGAAGACGUCAUCAAGUCCCUGCAGGAAAAUAACAUCUUGGAGUGCAAGUCUGGGUUACUGGGACUCACUGCUCUGUUGAUGCAGCUGAAAGAUGCUCUGGCUUCUGGGGAGAACACCAUCUUUUUAUGGAUACCCACCCGUCCGUCCAUCCAUGCAUCCAUCCAUCCACCCACCCAUCCAUGCAUCCACCCAUCCAUCCAUGCGUGGAAGGGGCGUAGAGCAUGAGAAGCAUCUGCUAUGUGUCCACAGCUACAUUAAUAGCAAUGUUGAGUGUCUAAUUCAGAGAUGGGGCAUCAGUGAGAGCAGUAAAUAAAUAAAUGAAACAUUUAGGACACCAAGACUCCCUCGGCUAAUAUUUCAUAGCAUCUUCCCUAUCAGGAGUAAACCCUGAAAGAUGGCCUUUCCUCUGAAUCUUUCAUGUGACGUAUUCUUAGCUUGUACGUCUACCGAAGCCCGAACUUUGUUUCCAUAGAUCACUACGCUAACUCCAUCAUAGAUGCUCCCUCCCUUCUUUAAAGUUGCACUUUUACGCCAUUUCGACUCAUAAAAGAAUCGUCAGGAGUAUUCCUAAGUAGUGAGCACUCUUAUUUUUACUCCUCUGUCGUGGCCCGCUGGAUGCUCCUCAUUUCCAGUGUUAUUUCCAAUAUGCAAAUAUCCCUAAGAUAGUUUCUAUUGCCUUUCUUCGCUGAUUGGCUGGAACAAAACACGUGACCUGCCUGACUUUUGAGACGUUUGGACCAACUUGCUACAUUUGGUGAGUCCGUUUGCUCUCUACUUAACUUAAGCUACUCAAACCUUAAAAAACCUUAAGAAAUAUUUCCUCCACCACACUAUUUGCCAUUUGCUGUAUUUUAGAAAUGAUAAGCCAUUAUGAACUGGUAACACUUCCUGUUCCCUUCCUUUCUUCACCCACAGGAAGUAGCGACUGCCUGCCUGAGGCGCUACUGCCACCUAGUGGUCAAACGUCAACAUGAACAUAUGCAGACGACAUCAAAUGAGGCGUUUGUGGACACGAGCCGAGUAGGGGAAUUAUUGAAUCAGGCAAUACGGACACGAUCUUUCCUCAAGCCGCGUUGUACGUACAAAAGGCCACAAAAAGCAAUCGUUUAAACUGCUGCUUUGGAGGAGCAAAUACCUGAAAAGGCUAAUUACUGUUUUUUAAUGACUGAGGGGGAGGAAGGUGGGUGAUCUCAGUGUAGCUCAAAAGCCCCCCCAGUACGACAAUGACUCUUUCUUUUGCUGGCAGUGUGCUGACGUCUGCCGGUGUUAUACUGCCACCUGCCGAAUAUACUUUGGCUGAAUGAGAUGAUUCUUUGGGGAAGGAGAGCCCACUAAAAACUCACUAAAGCAGUUCUUUUGAGGAGUUAUUAAACAUGUAAAUAAACUUCAAGUACGAACUGCAAGCUUCAAGUUUGAUUGGCUUGCACGCCCCCCAAGAAAGCCUUCAUGGAGCAUGGUCCGGCUAGCCCACGAUGGCCACGGUGACCAGGACACGCCGUGUUGCUUCUCUCCACUUGAACAGAAGAGUUUUUCCACCCUUUCGCCUGCAACAUGACGCAAUGUUGCGCAAUGGCCGCAUGCCACGCCGCACAGUUCCAACGUGUCAGCACAAAAACAGGCAGCCGGGUCGUCUGCCUGACUGACAGGCCGAGAGACAGCAGGACUUCUUCUUCCUCCUCCUCCUCCUCC